AUGCACCCCGAUCUUCAUCUGGACAACAUCUUCGUCGAUCCAGAGACCCUUCAAAUCACACGUAUCGUGGAUUGGCAAUCGGCAUGUGUUGCACCGCUGUUCUAUCAUGCCGAUGUUCCAAGGAUGUGUGCCCACCGUGGGCCUCUUCAGGAAGGCUGGGGCGUCCCCGAAAGACCGGAAGACUUUGACAGCCUGAGUGUAAAGGAACAACGCAAGAUUGACGAUGAUCUAGAGAGUCAGAUCCUUCAUAAAUACUACGAGGCCCAGGUGUAUAGACGAUCACCUCAUUACUGGUCUGUCCUCAAAAAUAUGAGGAUCCCUAUCAUCCGAAAGCCAGUUUGGCUCGUCACGGGAGUGUGGGAAAACCGCGAUCUAUUUUUCCUUCGCGAAUCACUCAUGGCGCUCUUCGCUCACUGGGAAGAGCUUGUCCCGGGUGUACCAUGUCCGAUCAAUUUCACCAAUGAGGAUGUCGAGCUUCAUUCCAAGGAAGAGGAGAACAUAAAUGGUGUCGGGAAGAUACUGACAUUGUUCCGAGACGAAUCCAUGCUCCCUGUGGAUGGCAUGGUGGAGCCUAAAGACUAUGAUAUUGCCCAGAAGAACAGCCGGAAAUUCAAAGACAUCUUCAUCGGAUUGGCCAAAGAUGACGAAGAGAGAGAAUUAUUCACGAAACUUUGGCCAUAUCAGGAACCUGCAGAUACCGAAGGUCUGUAA